ACCAUCUUAUUUAUUUAACUUGAAUAUCUCCUUCAGUAAGCAUCAAUUUAAAAUCUGCGCUUAAACAGUUCUUGCAUCUCAGAGCAAAAUGUUUCGUAACUUUUUGAAUAUAUUGCUAUUUUAUAUCUUGAUUUUUCAAAUCUGUUACUGUUUAAGUGAUAAUACUGAACAAAAUGCUACGCUAAAAUGCGAAAAGCUAUUAAUUGCAAACCGCGUACCAAAAUUAUCGAGUUGUGUUGAAGCAGCAGGUAACAGCAGGAGGAAUGGUAUAUACAGUAUUCAAAUACAAAAUCUCGAUGACUUGAAGGUGUUUUGUGUAGAAGACGUUGACUUCGGUGGAUGGUUAGUUAUACAGCGGCGUCAAAAUGACUCCGUAGAUUUUUAUAGAAAUUGGAUGGACUACAAGGAGGGAUUUGGCGACCUAACGGGAAACUAUUGGAUCGGUUUGGAGAAACUACAUGCGCUCACCAGAGACUGCGAACAGGAGUUAUAUAUUCAAUUGAAAAGAAGUAAUGGCAUGGAAUACUAUGCAAAGUACAGGGAAUUUGUUAUUGCUGCGGAGUCAGAGAGCUACGCUUUGAAGAAAUUGGGAAAGUAUAGCGGCGAUGCUGGCGAUUCCUUACGCAUCCACUUAGGAAUGAAAUUUUCAACUUAUGAUCGUGAUAAUGGUAUAUAUGAAGAAAACUGUGCAGAGAUAUUCAAAGGCGCUUGGUGGUUUUGAAAAAUGCUAUCUCAGUUAAGGAAAAUUCAAUUUGCUGUAAAUGGUGAUAAAUAUUUACAUAUACAUAUAUAUAUUUUAAUAGCCACCUAAAUGGACGCUAUGGCGACGAUGAAGCAGGUGUGAAGUGGGUUGAUAUAGAAAGAGAUGAAUCAUUAGCAUUUGUCCAAAUGAUGAUACGACCAACUCGAAAUUGUAUGAGAAAAUUGAUGUUGCGCAAUUUAAAUGCAGGUGCCUAAAAAUUUAUUGGAAUUGAACCGCUUGGAUGCUGUUGUUAAACAACAAUAUUCUUUUCUAUUAAAUUGUGGAUAUUAAUUUAUAAAUAUACUCAGAUGUGUGUCUAUAA